UCUCUUUCCUUCUUGUCGAUCACGACCCAAACUUAAUGCAGUCAAGGUCGCCGAUUGACUCUAUUGCGUCCGUGAAAGAUAGACUAACUAGCGUAAUGACCCACCUUAGCACCACCAAACCGCGCGUUGUGAUCUGCAGGAAUCUUGGGCCGGAUGUUAUGCCCUUGCUGGAAAAGAGGAGCGAUGUCGAGGUCGUUGUGUGGCCAGAAGACUCGUCUUGCGAUAGGAACUGGUUGCUAGAACAGGUCAAGGGUGCGGCGGGUGUUCUGUUGAUGUUCCCGGAGAAGGCAGAUAAAGCUCUGUUCGAAGCUGCUGGCACAAGUCUUCGCGUCGUAUCCACUAUGUCUGUCGGCUACGGUGCGUUAUUUAUACCUCCUUCAAGAUACACAAUCCAACAAUCGCCUGCAGAGCACAUCGAUCUCACCGAGCUCACGAAUCGAGGCGUUAAAUUAGGUUAUACACCGGACGUACUAACCGAUGCCGUCGCCGACGUAACUGUAAUGCUCGCCCUCAUGGCCGGCAGAAACGCUGGAUCGACUAUAGAACUAGUUCAAUCCGGACAGUGGCCAAAAUUCCUCUGGGCCCCAUUCGCAUUCUGCGGUCCCCAAAUCAGCACCCUGCCCUCCUCCCCAGAACGCACUGUCGGUUUCGUUGGCUUUGGCCGCAUCGCCCAAGCAACCCUCAAGCGCCUUAUCCCCUUUGGGAUCACCUCCUGCAUCUAUACCGCCAAACCUGACUCACCAUCAGCCCUCGACCGGGACACUGCUAUCCUCUCCCAGUACCCUACCCUCAAAACCCUCCGACGCGUCGAUUCCGAUGAGCUCGCGCGAUCGAGCGACGUUGUGUUUGUCUUAGCCCCAGGUGGAGAGAGUACUAGGCACCUCAUCAAUGAAGAAUUCCUCCGCAAGAUGAAGAAACACAGCGUCCUUGUCAAUGCUAGUAGAGGGACGCUGGUAGAUUCGGACGCAUUGGCCAAGGCACUGAAAGAGGGCUGGAUUUGGGGCGCGGGGCUAGACGUAGUAGAGGGCGAACCAAAUAUCACGCUUGAUCACCCCCUUGUCAAGGAACCUCGUUGCGUCAUUUUGCCUCACAUCGGGAGUGCGAGCAUAGAGACUAGAAUCGACAUGGCUACACUCGCCGUGAACAACCUCUUGGCUGGUGUCUUUGGGGAAGAGAUGCCUGCACAGCUGAAGGUUUAGACAACGAAGAAAGAAUGGGUUAUUAGUGGAUAAAGUGAAUUGUGUACUAUCUGGGCAAACUAUAAUGGAGAUCAGUGUCUCCCUAAUGGCUAGGUUCCAAGCCAUCGGAAAGUUAAUAAGCUCUUCCUUGACGUUACGUUCCCUGUCAAAGAAAGCUCCUUCAAAAAUGUUCUUAAGAAGGCUUUCCCGCGGUCACUUCAAGGAUCUCUACUGCAUCCGCCACAAUUUGAGCAAACACACGAUUCCCUA